CGGAAUGCGCCGCGGCUCUCUUCCUGUGUUGCCGCCCUUGCUUGGGUUCAGUCAGAGAGAAAAUCAUCCAGCGCUGAAGGAAUCGCUUUCACUGGAAAGUCUGGUCUUCACCGGGGGAAACACUAGCUCGUUCCCGUUCGCCUCAGGUCGCCUCUCCUCGCUCUGGAGCUGUGAGCCCGUGAAGGGACAUUGUGGCUGUGGUCUAUUGCUGUUCUCGGGUGUUUCUUAGCAAACUAUAGCUGCCACCAUGGCGUUGUCGUUCAAGAAGGACCUGGAGAAGUACAAGGAUCUGGACGAAGAUGAGAUCCUCAACAAUCUGUCGGCGGAGGAGCUGAAGCAGCUGGAGACGGCCCUCGAGGAGAUGGAUCCUGAGAAUGCUCUUCUCCCAGCCGGUUUACGCCAGAAGGACCAGACAUCUAAGACGGUUUCAGAACCCUUUAACAGGGACAGCCUGCUCAAAUACCUGGAGAAGGAAGCAAUGGAACACAAGGACAGAGAGGAUGUAGUUCCCUUCACUGGAGAGAAAAAAGGUAAAGUAUUUAUCCCCAAGCAGAAACCGCUCGAGGCGCGCCAGGAAGAAGUCACGACCCUCGAUCCAGAAUUAGAGGAAGCUUUGUCCAGCGCCACAGACACAGAGCUGUGUGAUCUAGCAGCGAUCCUUGGUGUUCACACACUGGUCACCAGUAGUCAGACAUACGAUUGCACCGGAACGAAAGAAGGUUACAACAACGUGAUCAAAGGGGAGAAAAUGACCCCGGUGUUUGACGAGCCGCCCAAUCCCACCAACGUCGAAGAAACCCUGCAGAGGAUAAAAAGCAACGACAGUUCCUUAACAGAGGUCAACCUCAACAACAUUAAGAACAUUCCAAUUCCCACCCUGAAAGACAUUGCCAAAGCCAUGGAGACAAACACGCACGUGAAGAAGUUCAGUAUGGCAGCAACGCGGAGUAACGACCCAGUCGCUGUGGCGUUCGGUGAAAUGCUGCGGGAAAACAAAGUGCUGCAAAGUUUGAACUUGGAAUCCAACUUCAUUACUGGAGUGGGGGUGCAGGCUUUGGUUAGCGCGCUGCGAGAUAACGAAGCACUCACAGAGAUCAAGAUAGACAACCAGAGGCAGCAGCUCGGUACGACUGUAGAGAUGGAGAUAGCUAAAAUGUUGGAAGAGAACAAAAGCAUAGUGAAGUUCGGCUACCACUUCACCCAGCAGGGACCUCGCUCCAGAGCUGCUGCAGCCAUCACAAAAAACAAUGACCUAGUCCGCAGGAGGCGAGUGGAAGGAGACAUGUAAAGCCCGAAACGUCUCCCCGCUAAUCCGGUGUAUUCAUCUCACCAUGUGGAAUAAUUUCAGCCAAUGCCCUGGUCUCAUCUCACUGUGUGGAAACUUCAGUCUUGUGCCAAACUGUGGAGCAAGGCGCACUCAACCAGAACAUACACCUGAGAAGAAGGGAAAUAACUGGAAUUGCCCUCUCCCAUUAUGCUUUUUUUUCAUACUUUUUUGUUUAUCGUUAUUAUUGUUAUUUUUAUUAUUAUGUUGAAAUUAUGUGUAAAUCUGAUUUAGUUUUUAGGCAUUUCAUUUCAGCUUCAUUUCAUUCCCCCCCCCCCCCCCUCACUUUUUAUUUUAGUUGCCCUUUUUCCUUUUAUACUGUGCUAUUAUCAUGGUAAAUGAACAUGAACAUUACUACAUAAGUAACUGAAGCGACAGUUAACCGCUUUGUAAAGAAAACACAGUAACGUGCUUCAAGAAUACUCUGUAGUGUCCUUCCAUAAUACUCACAAUAAUGCUGUUGAGGCUGAAGAUUCUGGUGGGAUUCCUGUAGAAUGAUGCUGGGGAAUAGCUCUGCAGACAUUAGUCUUAAUAUACUGUUAAAACCUAUAGUGCAGUAAUGGUAACAUCCCAGUUGUAUUGUUUUUGUCACAGGAUUUUGUGAUUCGCAGGUGUUGUGUGCUGGAGUUGCCUUGUAAAAAAAAAACCCAGCAUGACUCGGUUCCCGCGUGCGUCUGCGACACUUUUCUUUGGUGCUGGUCGUGUUCUAUAGUCUGUACAAGAGACGAGGUGUUCCUCGCUUCAUGUAGAGCUGUAGAAGGUGAUGUUUUUAUUCCUUUUUGAGUUUUAUUCUAACUAAUGACCCUGUUUUGAUACGGUUCGAACUCUCAUGUCAGUUAUUCUGGCUCGUUACAGUAAAUGUCUUCAUAAUUCUGAUGGGGGAAAAAAAAGGAAUUGUACUGAAAAUAUACCAGGAUCUUACGGCUGGGCGAUGAUUCUAAAAUCUUGUGGUUUUUUUUGGAUUAUUAAGAAGCUUUAAACCACACUUGGUUUCUUCAACAUCCACACAGUUGCAAAACUUUCAUUUUCUAUUCGGGCUGCAAAUAACGGUUACUUUCAUAACUGAUUCCUUUUGUCGAUUAAUCCAGGACUUGUUUGCGCUGUGAAAUCUCAGAAAAUGUUGAUCAGUGUUUCUCAAAUAUCUUGUUUUUUUGUCCACAAACCAAAAAUGAUUUCUUUGUUAUUGUGGAGCAAAAAAACCAGAAAAUAUUCACAUUUAAGAAGCUGAAAAAAAUCAGAAAUCUUUUUUUAAUUAUUGGUAAAAAAAAAAAAAAGACUUAAACCGGUUAAUCAAUUAUCAAAAUAAUUGACGGAUCAUUUAGUGAUCUAACAAUUACUUUGUUGAUGUUUGUGUUUCCCAAACCUCAAAAUGGCUUUGUCCCCAGAUUUGUCCACAAACCAAGUUUUAAUGAUUUCUUUGCUAAAUGGAGCAAAGAAACCAGAAAAUAUUCACAUUUAAGAUGCACAAAAAAAUGAAGGAAACACUAAAGAUUAUCCAGAAUAUUCUGAUUAAAGCUUCUUUGUUUUCUAGUUUCAUGAUAACGACAUACAUACUGUAUCGCCCAGCCUUAACUCUGUUCGGACUGCUGUCAUGAAUCAUGUUUUUUAACUUCCAACAUGCAGUGAGAGUGUCUCUGAUGCGUAACCAUUAUACCAAAGACUAACACACGCGGUGCUUACAGUAUCAAUAUUUGUCACGUUCAGGUUUUUUCAGCUGCAGCUUUUCACAUCCUCGCAGUACAGAUCUGAAAAAGUGAAAUAAGAAAAACAAGAUCCAGAUGUUUUUGUUUUUGUUUUUGCUGUUUACCCUGUCUUUGCAUUCCUUUUUGUGUUCAUAUGUAGAAAAACAAACACAUACAGCUGUAGUCCAGAGACAUGUGAGGAAGAAUUGGCUUACAGCACUUAUUUUACAGUGGACCGACUUUUUGCUUUGUAAAUCACAAAACUAUAAAUCAUGACAAGAGCACAAGUUUGUGCAUAAUGUAUGGACUGGAUGAAUUGGUCAUUUAAAA